AUGGAUUUUAGCAAGGCUUUUGACUCAGUGAAACAUUCACUCCUCUCGGAAAAGUUAAAAACUGUGCCACUCAACCCUUAUAUCAUAAAUUGGUAUUUAAAUUUUCUAAAGAAUAGAAAGCAAAGAGUCGUUUGUAACGAUUUUUGUGAAGAAUGGAGGGAUGUUAAUAAGGGUACAACACAGGGGAGCGUAAGUGGCCCCUACCUUUUUAAUAUUUUCCUAAAUGAUUUAGAGGUGGACAUAGACGGCGAGAACGCUCUUUUUAAAUAUGCGGACGAUUCAAAUAUAAUAGUGCCAGUUUGGAGUGAGGGUGCUGAUACAUCAACAGAUACAGUUGGACAAUUCCUGAGCUGGUCUGAUGAUAACUUUAUGACUUGUAACCCUGGUAAAUGUAAAGAGCUUAUCAUCCGGAAGAAGGGAUAUAAUGAUCAACUUGACAUUGUUUAUAAUAUACCCCAAUGCAAAGAACUUCCCAUUUUAGGUACUACUUUUCAAGACAAUCUCAAGUUCACCAGUCAUGUGCGAGGUAAAUUGGUCAAAGCAAACAAAUGCUUGUACGUUAUACGAACACUCAGGGCAGAAGGCUAUAGCCAAU